AAUGCAUUGGAAAAUAUAAGACCACGACCAGCAGUCUGCAUUAUUUUAUUGUGAUUCGUUUUUUUGUUGGCAAAACGUAUAUUUUUGCAAUGUAAAUCAAUAGACUAGAAUAAUUAUAAACAUGUGCAAUUACCGAUGGCGACACAAAAUGUCGUAGAGGGACCGUUCAACGCCACUUGCAAAUAAUAAUAAUUCAACAAUACAAUAAACAAAAGUCGUCGUCUGUCUGCAAAAAUUCGUCAUCAGCUGGUCGCGAGGCGCAAGUCGCGAGUCUCAAGUCGUCGUCACAGCAAUUGCGAUCGCAGUAAAUUGUGUGACGUGCGCGAGACAGCAAGCAGAAAACAAGGCUGCUGUUGACUUGAGGGGGUUAAUAAGUUGAAGCUAUCGAGUCGGAUACAAUUGACGCCAUGGAAUCUGCGGACAUGCUCGUCGAGGAGCAGAAGCUCAUGGCCGAGGCGAAGUAUCGUCAAUAUAUGACGAACAUAGAUAAAGCACUGCGCAAUUUUGAGUACUCCAGCGAGUGGGCGGACUUAAUAUCCGCACUGGGCAAACUGAGCAAGGCGAUAUCAAGUAAUUCGCAGUAUCAGGUCAUACCCAGACGCCUGAAGAUUGCCAAGCGUCUGGCUCAAUGCAUGCAUCCCGCCCUGCCCUCGGGUGUGCAUCUAAAGGCACUGGAAACGUACUCGGUGAUAUUCAGCAAAACGGGACCAGAACGUCUGGCAACGGAGUUUAUAUAUGGUGCUGGACUCUUUCCACUGCUCGGCUAUGCGGCCAUGAAUGUGCGUCCGGCACUCUUGACCAUCUAUGAGACAUACUUUGCGCCGUUGGGCGAUAAGCUGCGGCCUGCGCUCAGUGGAUUCCUGAGUGGCGUGCUGCCCGGCUAUGAUUGUGGACUGGAUCAUUUUGAGCGUAUUAGUGCGUUGCUCAAGAAUGUGUGCGUGGCUGUCAAUCCGAUGCACUUUUAUACGGUUCUAUGGGAAUCUGUGGCUAAUAAUGCAGCGAUACGCUUGCCCGCAAUUACAUUUCUGCUGGAGCACUUCAAUAAGCGCCUGGAUAUGCAGAAACAGAUAUACAUAAUGGGUCACAAUCGAGAGAUCAUGAUGUCGGCGCUGUGCGCCUGCCUUAACGAUACUCUGAUAUUGGUGCAGCGCAAUACGCUGGAGUUCCUGUUGCUCGGCUUUCCCAUGCACACCCGCCUUCUGGAGGAGGAGCAGCUGGUGGUGCUGGUUACGAACGGACUGAAUACAAUACUGAGACGCGAUAUGUCGCUAAAUAAACGACUCUUCUCCUGGCUGCUGGCCAGUGAGGUGACGAAAAAUUCGCCCACUUAUGACACACUAUCGCUAGAUUCAGCGCCCAUCGAUGGCCUGAAGGAGGAGCCAUAUUUUAUAACGCAUUCACGGCACAUACUAAUUAACGCUUUGGUGAGCACGCUGCGAUUGAGCCUGGAGUGCCAGCCCAUGGAUCUGAAGCCGUAUCGCAUUAUGCUGUCGCUGUUGGACAAGGCGGAGAUCGGCAGCGCCGUGCUAGACUUUGUGCUGCAUGACAUAAUUCGCACCAUGUACAUUUCUAGCAGUAAUGCGGACGCGCUCAAGUCGGCCAAUCUGCUGUUUGCCACCUUCGAUCCGGCGUACAUCUGGAGCUACAUGACCAACAUAUUUGAGCGCGCCUGCCAGCAGGCGCCCACCUCUGCCCAGUCCAAUAGCGAUGGCAAAUUCGUCAGCAUCGUUGGCUCCGGUGAUCCCUGUGUGUUGGAAAUUUGCGUGCUCACCGAAUUUCUGUUGGAAACCAUCUCACUGGAAAUGUACACGGAAACCACACGCGUCUACUUGCCGAAAGUAUUUCUGGCCGUUACCCAGCUACUCUCCAUCCACGUGGAUCGCAUGAGCAGCGAUGAGAUCACCGCCUCCCUAAAGCUCUGCAUGAAGAUUGUCUCGCGUGUACAACCAAUGAUAACUAGCCCAAUUAAACUGAAUAAGGUGAUGGAACAGAGCACCUCAGGAUCCAUGGAGAAGAUUGCCAAUGCCGCAGGCAGCAGCAACAGUAACAACAUUUUGGAGUCGACGACACAAGCCGCCAAUGCGCUAGAGAAGAGUAAAUCUGAUUCGCGACUCAAUCAAUUUGGCGAGCAUUCGCAGAGUGCCGAACCCAAUGAUGAGGAGCUAAUCCGACGUUCGGCCUCCAAUCAGAGCGUGGUGCGGCACAGUCCCAAAAAGAAGGCCAAAUCCUUUUCACGACUCUCCGAACUGGACAAAGAUAUAAGCGCCUCGGAUACAGGCCAGCAGUCCUCGUCAGAUUUGGACACGCCGCGUAGCAUUAAAAAGAUCAAGGCCAAAGCCAAGGUGCCCUUUAUACGCAGCAGCCCGAAGAAAACACGACCAAAGGACAUUGUUAUAGCGCCCAGCCCAGCAGUGUCUAGUGAUGUAAAUGAUGACGCAGGCGAGGAGCCGCCUAAGAGUGCACCCCCAGAAAACUGUGCUGAAUUCCAACUGGACGAGGAACAGACAAAUGCGCAGCAACAACGCGGUUUCUCAAUACUAGAGAAAUGUAUACGACAAUACGAGAUCUUCUUUGAGGUCUACAUCGCCCGCCAGGUGCUGCAAAUUGAAACAGCCGCCAGCCCAGACAGCUCCGAUUUCAGUGCGAAAUGUGCGAUUAAGGUGCAACUACAGCGCAGCACCAGCCACAGCUCGAGUAUGUUUACGGUGGAGCAAGUGCUGGAGCAAAAGAGCUCGGUACGUGAGUCACAAAUCGAUCGAUUGUUUAAUCUGCUGCGUGUGGAUCUGAUGCCGCGCUCCAAGCAGCUGCAGCGUCUGCUCAAUCUCUCACUGUCCACUGUCACCGCCAGUGAGCUGAGCAGCGACAGCGACGCCUGCGAUGAGCCCCAGCAGAAGCUACUCAUCGAUACCCAAACACAGCGCAGCGUUCAACAGCUAUCUGAUCUGCAAUUGAGUUCGGCCUUACGCUCUGCCAUUAAAUUGGCUGCCACGCUGCUCGUCGAGAUGUCCACAUUUCCCAAUUGCAAUCAGCAUAUUGUGCUGGACAAGAGUGAGCCGGAACUGCCCAACUGGCUGAAGGUUCUUUGUCUUGUGGCCUGCUUUGCUCAGAGCGAUAAGGAGCUACAGGUGGCUUCCAUUACUACGCUCUUCGAUUUGAUUAGCCUGUUGCGCUCACAGAUCGAGCACACGACUGGACCGGGUGUUACGUUUGUGGUGAUGUUGCCGCUGCUGAAAUUUGGGCACGUUAGCUAUAUGGAGCAGCACACGCGCAUCUUUCAGCUGGUCAGCUCCAUUUUGUGGGAUUAUUUGGGCACACCGGGCAUUGAUCCCUCGCAAAUAGCAGCACUGCUGCAUCAGCUGCACAGCUGCCUGGACAGUGGCCUCGUCGAGUCGAUAAUCGGCAAUCGGAUGCAUGCCCAGCAUCUGCUGCAGGCACAGUCACAAACCGGGCAUAGUAACUCGUUGCGCAGCUUCCAGCUGGAACGGAUGACAGAUGUCCAGCUUCUAUGUCCCUCUGUCUGCCUGGAUCGUCUGCGCGAGAGUCAGGCGCGCAGCUACAAAAAGUUCGAGCUACUCUGGCAUCUGGGCAGGGAGAAGCAGAUGUCGCGUGGCUUCGAGAAGACUCUGCUCAAGGUGCUCGACACGCUAGCCCUGCCGCAUUACAUGUCCGAGCGCACGUUCGUCAGCAACUGGCUGCAGGCCUCGCUCUUGCGUGGCGAUUUGGCUCGUUUGACUAAACCGCUUUACAAGAUUUUACUCUCCGCCAGUUCGAAGCGUGUCGGCAUUGUCCAUAUGCAGCAACUAUAUCGCGAAGCAACGGAUGCGGAGCACGCUGGCGAUGAGGAUCAACAGGCGCCGGCAUUUGAGCGCGAUGUGUACGCCAUUAGUUCGGAGCAGGGCAACGUUAAGUAUCAUCACAUGGAGGCGGCCAGCAGCAGCAGCUCCACAGGCGGCAUUGGUCACGGCAGCAGCGGUGCCAAGAAGAAGAGUCCCAUCCGACAUCUGCCCAAGAAGAUCUUUGGCGUCACGCUCAGUGGCAAAUCGAAUAAAACGUCAAAUUUUGUGAGCGACAAGGCGCCGCUGGCCAGUGAGGCAAUGCAGGACAUUAACACCAUUGGUCUGAUCAUUAAUCCGCUGGAGAAUGCACAUGAUUUCGAUGAUGAAACGGAUCUGGAGGAGCCGCGCAUUGAGCUAGUUCAUACGGCUGGCAAGGAUGCGCCGCAAACGCCGCUGGAGCAAAAGCUGGCCAGCGCAAUGGAUGAGAAUGAGGUGACAGCAACAGCGCCCAAUCCGGAGCCGGAGCCCUCUCUGCACUACGACCAGGACAUAACCGAUCAGUCGGAGAGCAGUGAAUUCGAGUCGGACUCGGAGAUGCGCGAGACGAGCAUUGACAAGGAAGAUAGCCUCACGAUCAGCUCCAGCGGCGCUGCUGCCGCCAGCGAUGAUGUCAAGCGUUUUGUUGGCGACUGCGAGCGUGUUACCGAAACACUCACCCAAUACGAGCGGAUCAAGAGUCGCAAAACGUAUCGAUUGACGCGUGAGAAGACACCAGGUGACUCCAGUCUCAAUGAGCCCGCGGAACAGGCACCGGACAACGAGCAUGCCCUGCCGGCAGAUGAGUAUUUCAACGAGGCAGCCGUCGACAAAAAGCAAACCAAGGAGUCUAAGGAGCAGCGCAAGCGUAAGAAGCUACUCAGCAGCAGCGAGAAGAAGCGUCUCAGUUGCAUCUCGAAAACCUCGACGGACAGCAAUCACAGCAAUCCCGCAGAGCAAUUGGAAACAGAGCACAGCGAGGAGGAGCCAGAGCUAGGUAAUGAGGCGGCCAGCCAAUGCACCAUCAAUGUGGAGGACAAGCGACGCAAUCUGUGCCUGGAGACCAGCAAACUGCAGCCGGCCGACUGGCAAAAGACGCUUGAGAAGAGCAAACAGAAUGUGGAGAUUCUGCGUCAGAAUGCGGCAGCAGCUGCUGCCGUUGCCGCUGCCGAGGAGCAGCAGAGUAUACGUUCCUCCACAAAGAGCAGCAGUUCCUUGGGCAUUGGCAUCACUCGCCACAUGGCGACGGAUUCAGCGCAUCUCUAUCACAAUCAUCUGCUGCUAUAUCUGGCUAUCUAUGACACUAGACAGACGCUCUACGCACUGCAAACGUUGCGCAACAUCAUCUGCUGCGACAAGCGAACGUUCCUUUGCCUCUCUAUAACCACAUCGUUCACGAGCGGCAGUCUGAAGCAAUUGCUCAUCCGGCAUCGCAAGAGCAUCUCUGGCAAAGGGUUUGACGGUAGCGUUGGCAACUCGGAGUACGCUCAAGGAUAUCGGGGCUGCAUGCAUCUGGAACUGUUGGUCACAUUGCUGUUGUUCUAUGCCCGUGGCUACUUUCAGCGUGAAUCGUUGGAUGCCCAGCGACAACCGCCAACGCUGCAGGAUGUGGUGAACAACCGGCGGAUUCAGCUGGAGAGCAUUGAGCUGCUGGCGCUCAUCUGCACGGAACUGAUUGAGAUUGUCAAGGGUAUGGGCCGUGGCUUGGCCUGCUAUAUUGCUGAUCUGUUGGCGCGUGCCAAGCUCCAAAAGGUCAUGCUGCACUGCCUCAAUAGCUCCGUCUGCAGCUAUGGACGGCGAGCCGGCGGCACCAGCUAUGCGGAUAAGGUGCUUAGCUUUAAUGAUCCACAGGAUGAUCAAUUGCAUGCAGAUGGCUUUCAGCUGCAGCUGUUGCGGCUUCUAUUGUCCGUCAUACGGCUGGAGAAUGAGGUACAUCAGUUGCGUCAGGAUACGCCCAGCACGGGCGCUGCUGACGAUCACCACAAUGGCUCUGGGAAUGCAUCGCCCACACGGCUAGCCGAGGGAGCAGCUGCCAAUGUCAAAUACUUGCCCAACUGUUUGAUCAGUCAGCAACCCAUGUUCCUCGCCGCCGUGCUUGGUGCACUGCAACAGGAGCGCUUGCGGCACCUGCAUCGCAACUGGACGGAUCUGGUGACCAGUUCAUUGAACUGCUUCAGUUUCGGGUCGCUUACAAACAUUGUGAUUAGCGUGGUCCAUCAGCUGUGCAACAAUCUGGAUCGCCUGGCCCGGCUCACGCUGCCCCAGCAGCGUCACUUUCCGCCCGACUAUGUGCUCGUCCAGCUGGAGGCGCUGACCAUUCUCUGUCACUACUGCCUGCUGGACAACACACAGCAGACAGCGCUCUCGCAUCUCUUCAAUCAGGCCUAUCCACAGACUAGUGCCGCAUCACAAAGUUCCAGCACGGGACAAUUGCUUAAUAGCAUUGUGCACUCCUUUCUCUCGGCGAAUGAAUCCUCGUCGACUGCCUCGGCGCCACGUAAUCCACAAUUACAGGCGGCACGGAAUGCUGUCCUGUCGCAUCUGCCACGGAUCAUGACAAGCGUUGCGGCCAUUUGGGACAGCGAAUUGGGUCAAUUGCGUCCGGUGCGACAACAGCUGUUGGAGUUUCUCUCUCCCGUCUCAUUACAUCAUGGCUGCAACUUCCUAGCUGCGAUUGCAGUCACCUGGCAACAGCGAGGUUGCAGUAGCAACAACACCAAUAACAACAGCUCCUUGAGCAUUUCGGAGCAGUUUCAGCGCAACUCCACGCUGCAGGCAUGCCCGGCUCAGCUCAGUCUUGUGUCGCUGGUGUCCAGCAUUCGGGUGAUGCCGAUGGAUUCGUUUGUGCAGACACUGCAUCAGGUGGUCAAGUCACCACCACCCAUUCACCGGCCACCCGCACAGCUCAGCAUUGAGGUUAGCGCCUUGGAGCUGUUCUAUUUCUACAUGAGAUCGGCUCCGGCGCUACAGCUGGCAGAUGCUUGGGCUGCAUUGCUGGUGCUGAUUAGAGAUGGUCUAAGUCUUUCGCCGCCUGCACAGUUUGCGCUGCUGAUGCUGCUCAAUGAGUUUGUGCAGCGUUGUCCCCAGAUGCCCUUCCCGGACAAGAAGGAGGUGCGUGAACUCCACGAUAUCACCGCUCGGCUGGUGGACUCGCUGUCCAGUGUGGCGGGCGCCUGUCUAGAGCAGACCACCUGGCUGCGUCGAAAUCUGGCCGUUAAGGAGGAUACGGAUGGCCACGCCAAGGAUAAUAGUCUCGGCGGCGGCAUUCAGCAGUAUUCGCUGCAGGCGCAAAGCGUUCUCGCUGGCAUACUCUCCAAUCUGCUGGACGUUGCGUACGGUUCGCAGGAGAAGGACAAGGUGGUGACGAUUGUGACCACGCUGCUGUACAAUAUAACGCCGUAUCUGAAGAAUCAUACGGCUCGCAAUGUGCCCUUCUUUUAUGCGUGCUCCGCCCUGUUGGCCAGCCUCAGUGUCUAUCAGUAUACGCGCAAGGCGUGGCGCAAGGAUAUGCUCGAUCUGCUGCUGGACACCACUUUCUUUCAGAUGCACAUCUCAUGCCUGCCAUUCUGGCGGCAGAUCAUGGACAGUCUGAUGACCUAUGACAAUACCACAUUCCGCGAGCUAAUGACCCGCGUCUCGCUCUCCCAGGCGGGAAGCCUCAAUAUCUUCGCGUCGCGCGACCAGGAAUACGAGCUGCGCGCCAUGCUUCUCAAGCGUCUCGCCUUUGUCAUCUACUGUAGUGAGUUCGAUCAGCACAACAAGUACAUGCCAGAUAUUCAGGAGCAAUUGGCCAACAGUUUGCGUUUGGUACCCCUGGGUCCAUCUGUGCAGGCCGCUGUAUUGCUGUGCUUCCGUGUCCUGUUGCUGCGCAUGUCGCCCGAUCACGUCACCUCGCUGUGGCCCAUCAUCAUAGCUGAAAUGGUGCAAGUGUUCCUACAAAUGGAACAGGAAUUGAAAUCGGAGAGCGAUGAGCGCAGCCAGCAAAGCCGACUGCUGCCUGGCAUUGAUGUCUCCUGGUCGUCGUCCAACUCGAGCGCCAGCAAUGGAAUAAACGCGCAGACGCCCAUGCAACAGUGGCGUUCGGUGCAACUGGAGGCGUGCAAGCUACUGGAACUGGGCUGUGUGCUGCCGGCGACAAAGCUGCCGCAUUUUCAAAUGUAUCGCUGGGCCUUCGUUGGUACCGAGUUCGAUGUGCAUGAGGAAAUGGUGCCGCUGCCGCUGCCUAAUGGCAGCAUCGAAAAUCUGGCAGCGCUGCCCAAUGCCCUCUAUGUGCCGCACGUGCGUCGCGUGGCGCGCCUCAUGGACAUGAAAUACACCAGUCACUCGCCGCUGUUGCAGCGUCCGCGUAAUCGUCAUUUGAUGUUGGGCUUCCAGCAACUGCAAUCGCUGCAGGAGCUAUAUCCAUUCUUCUCCACGCUGGGCAUCACCUGUCCACAUCCGUGUAACUAUGCCGACACGGAGCAGACGGUGGCCAACUGUCUGAAGGAGAUCGAAGAUGUGCUCGCCCAAGAUUUCCUGGAGAAGCUGCCCAGCAUAACAACGCCCAGAUGAAAACUGGUCGCGGCCUACAGGCAGACGACGCAGGCCCACAUUCAAACAACAACAAGCCUGACACAGUUCGAGCUGGAGCUGAAUCUGGGUGGCAUCGGUGGAGCUACGCCUCCAUCUUCCGGGCAGACGGCGCGUCUCUUUGCGGCGGUUCAAGCGAAACUCAGCAGCCAAAAUGAGACGGAGACAAGCUUCACGCAAACAACCAAGAAGACAAACUUUCCAUUUUACGUUUAGGGAGUGGGCCAAGCAAGCGAUACGAUAUGAUACGAUAGAUAGUUAGUUAGUGUGCAGUAUAGUAGAUAUAUCCAAUAUAGUCGAUUAUGUGUAUUAAUGAGCAUUGUUUUAACUGUUGCAUAAGUCCUAUGAAAUAUUUAGCUGAUAAUAGCACCCUGUAUGUAUGUAUAUGUAUAUUUCAAACUGUUGAUAGCUGCGCCGAAGUAAAUAACAAAUAACAUGUUUAACGACAAAUUGUAAUUCAAUAGAACAAAUCGUAUUUUAUU